AUGCAUUUGAUCAAGUCUUUACAAGGUGAUUUUGCUUUAAAGGACCUAGGACCACUGCACUACUUUCUGGGCAUCAAAGUGAUUCAUAAUUCCUUUGGUCUGCACUUGUCACAGUCCAAGUAUAUUGUGGACUUACUGCAUCAUACUCGCAUGCUUGGUGUUAAUCCAUGUGCUACACCAUUACCAACAGGUGCUAAAUUAUCUGAACUUGAAGGAGAGCCCUUGCAAGAUGCCACGGAGUACAGACAAGUGGUGGAUGCUUUGCAAUACUGCACACUAACACGCCCUGACAUUUCAUUUCCUAUGAAUCAAUUAUGUCAGUUUAUGCACCAGUCAACUACAGCUCAUUGGUCUGUUGCCAAAAGAGUAUUACGUUAUCUUAAAGGCUUUCUCCAUCAUGGUCUGGUUUAUGAUCGUGGUUCUCUUCAGUUAAAUGCUUUUAGUGAUUCAGAUUGGGCUGGUAGCAUUGAUGACAGGCGUUCCACCACGGGUUAUGCUAUCUUCCUUGAACCUUGUUUGAUAUCAUGGUCUGCCAAGAAGUAG